AGUCCCAAAGUGUACAGUUGGGCUUCGUCGACCUAGAAAUGCAUCGGAACAAGCUGCUCGUAGAAAGACUAAGGAAAUCGAAAAAGAAACUCCGAGGAAAAUUGGUAAAACUAAAGCCUGAUCAACAAGAAACUGAUAGAAAUGGCUUGAGUUCAGUGACUCAUUGCAUCACCUCUAAUGAAACAUUGGAACUAUCUAAACAGAUGAAUGAUGAUCCUGAUAUAUCAUCAGAUAACCCAGUUAAGGAGGCAACAACAGACAUUAGGGAAGGUGAUGUGGAAAAUGAGGAGUCGUCAAGUUUUUGUUCAUUGGCUGGUUUGGUGUCUGACAAAACAUUGAAUGCUGUUAAAGACAUGGGAUUUACGGACAUGAUGGAAAUACAAUACAAGAGCAUCAGGCCACUGUUAAUGGGAAGUGAUUUGCUGGGGGCUGCUAAGACAGGUAGUGGCAAGACAUUGGCAUUUCUUAUUCCAGCUAUUGAGCUAUUGUACAAACUCAAAUUCAUGCCAAGAAAUGGUACUGGAGUACUUAUAAUCUCUCCCACUCGUGAGCUGUCACUGCAGACAUUUGGUGUCACUCGUGAUCUACUGAAGUAUCACCAUCACACGUUUGGUUUGGUGAUGGGUGGAGCAAACCGUAAAGCAGAAGUUGAUCGUUUGCAGAAAGGAGUUAAUCUGUUGGUUGCAACUCCAGGGCGACUGCUAGAUCACUUACAGAAUACUCAUGGUUUUGUGUACAAGAACCUGCAAUGUCUGGUAAUUGAUGAAGCGGAUCGUAUUCUUGAAAUCGGCUUUGAAGAAGAAUUGAAACAAAUUAUUCGCUUGCUUCCAAAAAAGAGACAAACUGUUCUUUUCUCUGCAACUCAAACUCGCAAAGUUGAAGAUUUGGCUCGUUUAUCUUUGAAGAAAUCUCCGUUAUAUGUUGGAGUGGAUGAUUAUAAAGAUACAGCAACUGUUGAAACUCUAGAACAGGGCUAUAUUGUAGUUCCAUCAGAUAGACGGUUUCUUCUUCUCUUUACGUUUUUGAAAAGAAAUAUGACCAAGAAAGUGAUGGUCUUUAUGUCAUCUUGCAACUCAGUCAAAUUUCAUUCUGAGCUACUGAACUACAUUGACAUACCAGUGAAGGACAUUCAUGGCAGACAGAAGCAGAGCAAGCGUACUAGCACCUUUGUCGAGUUCUGUAGUGCAGAUGCUGGCAUUCUGAUAUGUACUGAUGUGGCAGCAAGAGGACUGGAUAUUCCAGAAGUAGAUUGGAUAGUGCAAUAUGAUCCUCCUGAUGAUCCCAAGGAGUAUAUUCAUAGAGUUGGUCGUACAGCUAGGGCUGGUAGUCGAGGUCAUGCUUUGAUGUUCUUGAUGCCUGAGGAGCUUGGUUUCUUGCGAUAUCUCAAGCAUGCAAAGGUGCCACUGAACGAAUACGAUUUUUCUUCUAAGAAAAUUGCUAAUAUUCAAUCACAGCUUGAAAAGCUGAUUGAGAAGAACUUUUAUCUGCACAAAUCUGCACGAGAAGGUUACCGAUCUUACUUGCAAGCUUAUGCCUCACAUGCACACAAGAAGUGCUUCAACAUUGAGCAACUAGACUUACAGAAAGUAGCCAAGGCAUUUGGAUUCACUGUUCCUCCAAGUGUAAACCUAACUGUGCAUAGCAGUAAGUCGUCUCGUGUUCGAAGUCGUGGAGGUGGUGCAGCGUUUGGUGCUGGGUAUAGAAAACGGAAGUCAGAAGAGAAAACAAGAAUGUUCAAGAAACAGAAGAUAUCUAACUCUGGAGAUAGCAGACAAUUUUCACGUUAAUUAUUUAAUUAUGUAAUAGGCACGUGAUAUGAGGAAAUUCAAAUACCGUAUUCGCCCCUAAUAACGCCCUGGGCGUGUAGAAAAGAAACGAUAUAUUCUGGGC